AGAAAACUUUACCCUCUUUUUAUAUAAGAAUUCCGUUUCCUUCGUCUGAGACUGAUUCUGCAACUGAGAAAGUGGCGAUCGACGGCCGACUUCUCCUUGAGCCUACGUUGCUUUCGCCGGAAAAAGGCACCAAAAUCUUCUGUUUCUGAUUUUGUUGUUUAAUGUUUCCCUAAGAAGCCUUCAGCUGUUAAUAUUAGUUACCUAAAUGGAGACGAUGGUCAAGGUGGGUCCUCGUAUGUAUACCGGAUUGGGGACUUCCUGGGAUGACAAAGGCCAAAGCAUGCUUACCCAUAUCUUCAUAUCCUAUGACAGUAAAAGGGUACAUUCUAUACAGACUGCAUACAUUCUGGAUGGGGAAGUGCAACUAUCUGAUAGACAUGGUGGAGAUGGAUUGAUGUUCAAAACGGUUGAGAUGGAUUAUCCUUCUGAAUUUCUUACUGGUAUUUCUGGUUACGGAGAUAAUGAGUUAGGUGAUUGUAUGGUGAAGUCUUUGACGUUUGAAACCAACAGGAGAAAGUUUGGCCCUUUUGGGACAGAGAAAGGAACUCACUUCUGCAUUCAGAUGGGUACUAAGCUGCGAUUAUUUGGAGGAUUUCAUGGAACUUCAAAUUCAAAGUAUCUAUACUCAAUUGGAGUUUAUGUGAAGCCUAUCAUUCCAUUGGAGGAUACUGAAUCACGUAUUACAACUAUUUCUACUGUCGUUAAAAAAGAGCAAUCCGAUGCAUGAGGCUCCUGUUAAAAUAUGAGGGUGGUUCAUGAGUAGCAAGGGAUCUUAGUAUUUCAUAGUGGUCAAAAUGUUGCACAACUAGGUGUAUGGCAUUCUAUAAAUAGAGACUAUUGUGAGUGAGAACAUGAAUCAACCAGUGUAAAAUAGUAGUGAAAUUAUCAGCUUUUGUGUCUGCUA